AUGGCCCCUCCUAAGGUCUUCUCUCUCGAGGGCAAAGUCCUCAAGCUCGACACCGCCGAGGAUAUCAAUGCGCACAUCCAGCCUCUGGUGGAAAGCACCGAUUUCACGGAACUGCGUCUUGGUGGAAACACCCUGGGAAUUGGCGCUUGUCAACGUCUGGCCGUGGUUCUGAAGAACCAGGAGCAGCUCGAAGCCGCCUACCUCGACGACAUUUUCACCGGUCGUCUCCUGUCAGAAAUCCCCACUGCUCUGACUGCCCUUUUGAACGCCAUUCUUGAGCUCGACACUGUUCACACUGUUAACUUGAACGACAACGCUUUUGGCCUGAACACUUCUGCGCCCCUCGUCGAGUUCCUCUCCCGCCAUGUGCCCCUUCGUCACCUCAUCCUGAACAACAACGGACUUGGCCCCGCGGCCGGAACCCAUGUCGCCGAUGCGCUCUUCCAGCUGGCUCAGCGCAAGGAGGAGGCUCGCAGGGACCAGAAGAAGGUUAACCUGCUGGAGAGCGUUGUCUGCGGACGCAACCGUCUGGAGAAUGGCAGCAUGGAGGCUUGGGCUCGGGCCUACAAGGCCCACUCUGCCGGUCUCAAGUCCGUCAAGAUGACCCAAAACGGUAUCCGCCAGGAGGGUAUCUCCCACCUCCUGACCCAGGGUCUCUACCACGCCCCCGGUCUCGAGGUGCUGGACUUGCAGGACAACACUUUUACCGUCAUGGGAUCCACUGCCCUGGCUAACAGCUUGCCCGCCUGGCCCUCGCUGCGCGAGCUUGGCGUUGGUGACUGUCUCCUCUCCGCGCGCGGUGGUGUCAAGGUUGCCCAAGCCCUGGCUGCCAACAAGAACCCGAAAAUCCAGACUCUGCGUCUGCAGUACAACGAGAUGAAGGCCGAAGCUGUCAAGAGCUUCACCCAUGCCGCCAAGACUGCUCUGCCUAACCUCCGCCGUGUGGAGCUCAACGGCAACAUCUUCUCUGAGGAUGAUCCCAACAUAGUGGACCUGCGCGAGCUUUUGGAAGGUCGCCAGGAAGAGCACGGCACUGAUGAGGAUCCCGAAGACAGCUGGGGUGUUGAUGAGCUGGACGAGCUCGAGGAUGAGGAUUCCGAAGAGGAGGACGAGGAGGAGGAAGAAGAGGAAGAAGAGGAGGCCAAGGCUGAGAAGGACCUGAAGGAUGCCGAUCAGGCCGAGGAAGAGAAGGUUGCCCAGAAGAAUGACAAGGAUGUCGAUGCCUUGGCCGAUGUGCUGGGCAAGACCGGCAUCUAA